AUGCCUGCCCCCCGAACAGCCCCGCUCGAGGCGCACCGACUCGUGCCGCUCCUCUCGCCAUCGACCACCGCCUCGACCCCACUCGACACGGCCCCGACCAGCCCCGACCAGGCAGGGCACUCGCUCCUCGGCAACACGACUCGGCCAGGAGACGAUGACGGCUGGGCGGUCGAGCGCCCGCCGCUCAAACGCGACUACCUCGACGACGACGGCCUCCUCACUCGCCUCGCCGCCCGCGUCCCCCUCCUGCGGGCAGUCGCGCACUGGCGACCAGACGCACGACGAGCUCGCUCGGUCGCCGUCCUCGCCGUCGGGCUCGCGACGCUCGGCGGCAUCCUCGUCACGACGGCCGCCGCCGGUCACCUGCGCCAUCUCGCCGACGACCUCGAGGGCGCGAGCGGCUGGCGGGACAAGCUGAGCGGUGCGGCGCACGGUGUGACAGGGUGGCUGUGGGGCGCAGAAGAGCCGUGGCGGCGGCCGAUGCGCGUCGAGCGCGACCCGACCGUGUCGCUCGGCGACUACCUCGCCAACAUCUCCUUCGUCCCCUUCCCCGUCCCUGCCUCGACCUCGUCCAUCCUCGCGACCUCGAACACGACCAACGGCUCGGCGUCGAACGACCCCGACUCGUACCCGGCCGCCGACCGACGCCGCUCGACGACGCCGCUCCCGCACCCGUCGUACUCGACGACCGACGACCGCAACGUCGUCCUCCUCACGAUGUGCGACGGCCGGUACGUCCACGCCGUGCGCAUCUGGGCGUUGCGCGCUCGCGACCUCGGCCUGCACCGCGACAACGUCGUCGUCCUGUGCCUCGACGCCGCCUGUCUCGACGAGGCCGAGGCGCACGGCCUGCACGCGUACGGCGGGUUCGUCAAGGAGGCGUACGCGUCACGCGUUCCAGUCGUCGGGCAGGGCCUCGAGGUGCCCGACUUGCCGCCGCUUGACGCGAGCUCGUCGCGCCCCGGUGGCGCGAGCGGCGCACGGAUCCUCGACAAGCGCGAGGGUCGGGACGGCGGCGCCGAGCGCGGCGCGUUCAUGCAGUACAUCAAGUUCCGAGCGCUGUACGAGAUCAACGCCGCCGGCUUUGCGUCGCUCUUCUUCGAGGCCGACACCGCCCUCACCAAGAACCCGUUCGUCGACUCGAUGCGCCCUCUCGUCGCCGGUCCCGACCCGUCCUCCCUCGGCGUCGCGCCCGCCGACCUUUCGAUCGACGAGCGUCGUCGGAUGCCCUCGCCGUUCGCCCUGCCGCGCGCUCAUGUCGCCGCCGCCGCCGAGGACCAAGCCGCCGCCGCCGCCGCCGCCUCGGACGCCUCGCUCGUCGACCCCGAGGGCCUCGACCCGGGCUGGGACAUGCUCAUGACCCAGGACGGGUGGCACGUCGCCAACUUUGGCUUCUUCCUCAUGCGCCCGACGAUGGCGACGACGCUGUUCUGGCGCAGCACGCUCCGCCAGUACGUCGCGCGAGGAGGGUGGGACCAGGAGGUGGUCGCCCAGUCGGUCCACGAGCACGGUUGGACGCAGCAGUGGCUCCCAGGGUGGUGGGAGGAGGGCGAGUCGGCGGCCAACGAGACGACGACCGAGGCGCCGACGACUUACGAGGAGCGCAACCGCCGCGAGCAGUGGCACUUUGUCGACGAGCUUGACGGGCUUCGCGACGGCGAGCGCCUGCGCAUCGCCAUGCUUCCUUUGAGCCAGUUCUUCGCCUACCACGUCUGGCUCUUCGGCUGGUGGAAGCCUCCUCCCGACCUCCCCGACCCUGUCGUGCACCACAUGACGGCGAUCAACUACCAGAUGCGCAACUUCUGGCCAAAAGAGCGCGGCUGGUACAGCGACAUCGACGGCUACUACAGCCACCCUCGCCCUCUUCUCGUCCCGUGGAACGCGACACACGCGCCCGAGGUCGCCGUCGUCGAGGGCGAGCCGUCGUCGCCGGCGCCCGCCAACCGCACCUUGUACUCGCGCGACGAGCCCGACUUUGCGGCCUCGACCUUGACGGGCACGUCCGACGACCUCCUGCACUACGCCCGCAUCCUGCAGCUCCUCGGCGCCGUCUCGACGACGAUGCCCGUGUCGAACCAGUCGUCGCAAGGCGAGUUUGCCGACGGCUCGAGUCGAGCGGCGGGCUCGGCCGACACGUUCGCCGUCAAGCUCCCGGGCAAGCUCCACAUCGUGCGCGAGUGGGACACGAUCGAGCAGGACUCGACUCGGCUCCUCGACCUCGAUGCGGCCGUCCGCGCCUCGGUCGACGUCGUCGAGCCCGCCUUCUUCAAGCACGCCGCCCCCUUCCUGUCGCCCGGCGAGCUCACCGCCUGGACCUCGACCCGCCUGCGCAUCUCGCUCGCCGCCUUCGACUCGCCGAUCGCGCUCGUGUCGCACCUGCGCGACGUCCUCGCGCCGUACCUCGGCUCGACGGCGGCAGGGUUUCCGGCUCGAGGCGUCGUCGUCGAGUUGUCGGACUGGGAAGCGACGCUCGGCUGGUCGCUGGACGACCUCGAUGCCGAGGAGCGGGCGGGAGGGAUCGACGAGCAGGGGUUCGAGGCGCUCAGGACGUCGAGGCGGUGCCAGGGCUGGGAGCGAGUCGAGACCAUUCCGUUCUUAUGGUGUACAGCCGAGGAGUAGCGGGAGCGUCAGAGACGUUCGGACCCCCUUUUCUCGUCCUCCUCCUUGUGUAGCCGUGUCCUCCCGCCUCUCGAUCCGCAUUUGUAGACACGGUUCCCUGCG